GCACAAGGGUGUGGCUGCAGAAAUUUGCUGUGACGUCCUGGUUAGCCUGCCUCUUACGGUGCGUCCACUGGUGUGCUGUAAAAAGCAGGACAGCAGAAGCUUGCAUUGCCGUUAAUGGGUGUCGCAGUUUAGUUGAAUAGAAUAAUCGGACAAAAGCUACUAACUUACUGGAAGGAGAAAAAACCAUGGCACAAGGAAUAAAAGAACGCUUUGACAAAUUUCUCCAUGAGAAAAAUCUUAUGACAGAUGUGUUGGAAAAGAUCGAGGCUAGAACUGGAGUAAACAGAACGUAUAUUGCACUCGCUGUCAUCGCCUUUGUUGCGAUUUACCUCGUCAUUGGCUACGGCGCUUCCCUUCUGUGUAACCUCAUAGGAUUCGGAUACCCUGCAUAUGUCUCGAUCAAAGCCAUCGAGAGCGCCACCAAAGACGAUGACACAAAAUGGCUGACCUACUGGGUCACCUAUGGGGUGUUCAGUGUGGCAGAGUUCUUUGCUGACAUCUUCCUCUCCUGGUUCCCGUUUUAUUACAUGGGAAAGUGUGCUUUUCUGGUGUGGUGCAUGGCUCCAACUCCCUCCAACGGCUCCGUCAUGAUCUACAACCGGAUCAUUCGUCCCAUCUUUCUGAAGAACGAGGCUCGGAUUGACAGCAUGGUGAAGGACCUGAAAGACAAGGCCUCUGAGGCCUCUGACAAGUUCAGGGAGGAGGCUAAAAAAGCAACGGCAAACCUCAUUUUUGAGGAAAAGAAGAGCUCCUAAGAUGAUCCUGGGAUAAAAGCCCGAUCGAAAACAGCGUAAUCUCUGAAGUGAACUGUGUCACGAGUCUGAAUAAAUUAAUGUUGCCUUGGAAAUUUUUUUUAUCGUUUACUUGGUAAACUAACAGGAGGGUUAGUUUUUAGGUCUUGUGCACUGUUUUCCCCUGUUGAAGUAGCGGUCUGCCGUAAUGUUGAAGAAGAUGCAAAGAAAUCGAGUGCCUAUGGCUGAACCUCCACCUUAUUUAGAAAAUCUUUCAAACCUUUAUGUGGUGUAGCUAUAGGCUAAAUAAGGCCUCUGUGCUGUGUUCACCCUGCUAUGCUGACACUCCCAAUAAAAGAAAACUUGCUGUUA